AUCACCAAACAGAGACUCUUUGAGAUUUCCACAGAGAUGGGCCGCCUUGGAGGUUUUCAGCAUAUUUUAGGUAAAAAAAAAUAAAUAAAUAUAACGCACACUUGCAGAUCCAGCUUAUUCAGGAUGUUAUUUAUUUGAAUGUGCAAAUGUUGGGAAGAACAUUUUCCUGAAACAUUUGGUUACUGGAGUGUUUGCAUGUAAAGAAACUAAAGUUAGUGGAUUCCUAGUAAAAAUUUGAAUAACUGAAUUCCUGGAAAGGCUAGCAGCAUGUUUCUAAGGUGGAUGUCCAUCCUGCAGAUUCCUUUAAAGUGCACCUACUGCAGUUUUCCUGAUUUUCUAUACAUCAUUCAUUACAGUGCUAAAAACCUCAUAGAAAGGUCAACAUAUGCAAAAGUAAUCCAUGUGAACCAGAAGUGGAGACUAUAUACUGCUUUGUUUUUGGGCCUCCGAAUGAUGUCAGUGAGGGAGGAUUUCUUCAUUUGGUCAGCUAAGGCUCUGUGAACAACAGCUCCACCCAUCUGCUAUUGAAACCUUCUGUUUCCGAGGGCAGCCAAUCAGAAGAAAGCAGGUUUUUAGGGAAGCGGUUGAGGGCAGAGUCUUUGAACUGGCCCCAACAGGGAAUUAAAAAAAAUAAACAGAGGAGGGUACAGGUCAAAAGGAGGAGUCGGGAGCAUCUCUGAGCAGAUGCUCCUGUAUAACCUGAGCUGUUUAGAUCAGACAAUGUCAGGAAAGAUGUGCAGCAGCAGCAGCAGUGUUAUUCAGGCGCAAAAACUGGUGGAUCAACUUCGGGUAGAGGCAAGCAUGGAGAGAUUCAAGAUCUCUCUGACAGCAGCAGAUUUAGUCCAGUACUGUCAGGAGCACAGGCGCAGCGACCCCCUGCUCACCGGCAUAGCCGCUUCAUCCAAUCCCUUCAAAGAUAAGAAGACCUGUGUGAUUCUUUGACGGCUCCCAGACGGCACUGUGAGG